ACUUUUGGAAGGCAAACUUGAAAUGCUUUGCUGUGCAUUACCAGAUGGCAGAAGAGUCUAACUCUUUGGAGUAUACGCCAACAUGGGUAGUUGCUGUCGUUUGUUUUGUAAUUGUUUUAGCAUCCCUUUUUGCUGAACGAGGUCUUCAUAAACUGGGAAAGUGGUUGAAGGGUAAACAUCAUGAGGCAUUGUUUGAAGCCCUGCAAAAACUAAAAGAAGAAUUGAUGCUUUUAGGUUUCAUCUCUCUUCUACUAACAGUUACUCAAGGUUCAAUAAGCCGUAUAUGCGUUCCACCUGACCUUGCAACUCACAUGCUCCCAUGCAAGAGAAAAACUGAUAGCAGCCAUCAUGAAAAAUAUUUUCAUCAGGUUUUAAAUGGUCAACGGCGGUUGUUGUCUGCAAGCAAUGCAGCUCAUUGUACUAAUAAGGGAAAGGUUCAACUGUUUCCACUGGAAGCAUUGCACCAGCUGCAUAUUUUCAUCUUUGUUUUGGCAGUUGUGCAUGUGAUAUUCUGUGUUACUACAAUGGUUCUUGGUGGGUUAAGGAUACGGCAAUGGAAGGCUUGGGAAGAUUCAAUUAGGAAUGCAUCACAAUCAGAAGCAGGUCAAAAUAAGCGUCCUCACGAACACCACCAUCACCAUCACUUUCAUUUAUUCAUUAAAAAACACACUGAAGGGCACUGGAGAAAGUCAGCAGUCGGUGGUUGGCUGAUUUCAUUCUACAAACAUUUUUCUGGCUCUAUUACCAAGUCAGAUUAUGUUGCUCUUCGGCAAGGAUUUAUCACGACAUUUUUUGGUCAUGUGCCUGAUUUUGAUUUUCACCAAUACAUCUUGCGGAAUCUUGAAGUCGAUUUCCGACGAAUUGUCGGCAUAAGCUGGUACCUGUGGCUCUUCGUGGUUAUCUUUUUGCUGCUAAAUGUGGAAGGGUGGCAUACAUAUUUUUGGUUGGCCUUUUUGCCUUUAAUUCUUCUACUGCUGGUGGGUGCUAAGCUGGAAUUCAUUAUCUCUCGUAUGGCUCAUGAGGCUAAAGAAAAGAUGCAAGUGGAGCCUUCUGAUAAACAUUUUUGGUUCCACAACCCUGUCAUUAUUCUUCACUUGAUUCACUUCAUCCUGUUUCAGAAUUCAUUUGAGAUAGCUUUCUUCUUCUGGAUUUGGAGCACAUACGGAUUUCGAUCAUGCAUCAUGGAAAAAGUGGGCUAUAUCAUUCCAAGACUUAUUAUGGGUGUGCUUGUUCAAGUGCUAUGCAGUUACAGCACCUUGCCUUUGUAUGCUCUAGUCUCCCAGAUGCGUAGCAAUUACACUGGAAAUGUAUUUGGUGAUGUGCAACCACUGAUAGGUCGAUGGGCAAACAGGCACACCGAAACAAAUGAGGCUCAUGAUGAUAAGCUAACCACAGAAUCUUCUCAAAGUUUCCCACACGAAAUGGUUCUUAGAAAAGCAAACGAAGCAUCAAUCAUUGAGCUUUCAACUUCUACUUCUCAAGAUGUUUAAUAUCUGAACUCCUCAGCCUCCGUUAGUUGAUAUUUGAAUGGAUUUAGGGGAGGUAAAAUUUUUUGUCAGCUCUUCUGCUGAUUAAUUGCCCUCCAUUUAGAAUCAUACUCUUUUAUUUCUAAUACCUGAAUCUUCUGUAUCAUUAUCAGAACGAAAAGAAAUUCCUUGGCAACAAGUAAUAAGAAUAAAAACAAUGUAGUGGCUUUGUUGAUAUGGAAUUAGAGUAUGGAUCAAAAGCCA